AUGGUCUCAUUUCAUAAAAUAUUUUUUUGCUUCCUCAUAUUCAUUUUAUAUUUAAAUGAAAAGGCAAUAUGUUCCAUAAAUGAUAACGAAAACAUAAACGAAAAUGAAACUGUAACUAGUAGUCAUAAUGUACAAUAUAAUGAUAAUAUCGAUCAGUUAAAAUCGAUGAUUGGAAAUGAUGAACUACAUAAAAAUUUAACAAUAUUAGAAAAAUUAAUUUUAGAAUCUUUAGAAAAGGAUAAAUUAAAAUAUCCUCUCCUUAAACAAGAAACUGAACAAUUGUUAGAUAUAUCGAAAUUUAAAAAAAUAAAUAUUACCGAUACCAAUGAUGAAACGUACAUCGUACCUACACUCCAAUCGACGUUUAAUGAUCUGGUACAAUACGAACAUCUUAUGAAAAAACAAUUAAUAGAAAUGUAUAAUUCUGAUAUUUCAGAUAUAAUUAAAAAAAAAAUAUUUAUUGUGCGAACCUUGAAAACAAUAAAAUUAAUGCUUAUACCAUUAAAUUCUUAUAAACAAAACAAUGAUUUAAAAACUGCACUCGAUGAAUUAAAUAAUGUAUUUACAGUCAAUGGAGAUCCACAGAGAAAAACUAGUCCUGUAGGGGAUCACGCAACAUUUUUUAAUAAUUUGUUAACACAUGUAAGAGAAAUGAAAGAAAAUGAAGAGAUACUAAAAAAACCUGAAAUACCUAUACUGGAUGAUACCAAAAUAGAUGUAAUGGACAGGAACGAUUUUUUUUUUACGACCAAUUCCAAUAUAAAUUUUAUGGAAGCUUUAGAUGAUAUAACUAAUCAAUAUGGAUUAGGGUUAAUUAACCAUUUGGGUCCUCAUCUAAUAGCAUUGGGACAUUUUAUUGUAUUAAAAUUAGCACUUAAAAGUUAUAAUAGUUAUUUCCAAGCAAAAAGUAUAAAAUUUUUUAGUUGGCAAAAAAUAUUAGAAUUCUCCAUGUCUGAUCGAUUUAAGGUUCUUGACAUGAUGUGUGACCACGAAUCCGUUUACUAUUCCGAAAAAAAAAGAAGAAAAACGUACUUGAAAAUCGAUCGAUCGCACACAUCUAUGGAAUGUAAUAUUUUGGAAUAUCUAAUACAUUAUUUUAAUAAAUAUCAGCUAGAAAUAAUUAAAACUACACAAGAUACUGAUUUUGAUUUACAUGGUAUGAUGGAACAUAAAUAUAUAAAAGAUUAUUUCUUUUCAUUUAUGUGUAAUGAUCCUAAAGAAUGUAUUAUAUAUCAUACGAACCAAUUUAAAAAAGAAGCAAACGAAGAAAAUACUUUUCCUGAAGAACCCAAUCGUGAAAUCAGUGCAUAUAAUAUAUAUUUAAAUUAUUAUUAUUUCAUGAAACGUUACAGUUCCUAUGGAACAAAAAAAACAUUAUAUGUACAUUUAUUAAAUUUAACAGGACUUCUAAAUUAUGAUACAAGAUCGUAUGUCACAUCACUUUAUUUACCAGGAUAUUACAACGCUGUCGAAAUGUCAUUUACUGAAGAGAAAGAGUUUUCCACCCUUUUUGAAAACUUAUUAAAAUGUAUUGAGAAAUGUCAUUUACAUCAACCAAACACAUUAUCAAAAGAUAGUAAUUUCCUCAACGAUGUAUCCAAAUGCGAUGUGUGUAAAGGAGCCUUCUUAUAUUCUAACAUAAAAUUUGAUGAUGUUCCUUCGAUGGUACAGAAAUUUCAUGUAUAUUUAACUAAAGGGCUGAAAAUACAAAAAGUCUCAUCACUAAUUAGAACGCUAGAUAUGUAUCAAGAGUACAGUAAUUUCUUAUCUCAUGAUAUUAAUUGGUACACGUUUCUAUUUUUAUUUCGACUCACCAGUUUCAAAGAUAUUCCGUACAAAAAUGUGGCUGAAGCAAUGUAUUUAAAUAUAAAAGACGAAGAUUCGUUCAACCGAACGGUCGUGACGAAUUAUUGGUUCCCUUCUCCUAUAAAAAAAUAUUAUACUUUAUAUGUGAGGAAACGUAUUCCAAACAAUUUAGUAGAUGAAUUGGAGAAAUUAAUGAAAGUUGGAACGUUAGAAAAAAUGAAAAAAGCUCUCACAUUUUUGGUCCAUGUCAACUCGUUUUUACAACUAGAUUUUUUCCAUCAAUUGAAUGAACCACCUCUAGGAUUACCGAGAUCCUACCCUUUAUCGUUAAUUCUCGAACAUAAAUUUAAAGAUUGGAUGAUUAGUUCGCCCGCAGGGUUUUAUUUUUCCAAUUAUCACAAUCCAUAUAUAAGAAAAGAUUUACACGAUAAAGUCUUGUCUCAGAAAUUUGAACCUCCAAAAAUGAACCAGUGGAACAAAGUUUUGAAAUCGUUGAUCGAGUGCGCCUACGAUAUGUAUUUUGAUCAAAGACAUGUGAAAAAUUUAUAUAAAUAUCAUAAUAUUUAUAAUAUCAAUAAUAAAUUAAUGUUAAUGCGCGACUCCAUGGAUUUGUACAAAACCCAUUUUGACGACGUGUUAUUUUUUGCAGAUAUUUUCAAUAUGAGAAAAUAUAUGACUGCUACCCCAACAUAUAAAAAAGUAAAGGAUAGAGUCUAUCAUACAUUGCAUAGCAUUAUGGGAAAUUCGGUCAAUUUUUAUAAAUAUGGUAUUAUUUAUGGAUUUAAAGUAAAUAAAGAAAUAUUGAAAGAAGUGGUGGAUGAAUUAUAUUCCAUAUAUAAUUUCAACACAGAUAUAUUUUCAGAUACUUCUUUCUUACAAACAGUUUAUUUAUUAUUUAGACGAAUUGAAGAAACGUACAGGAUACAACGAAGAGAUGAUAAGAUGAGCGUGAAUAAUGUUUUUUUCAUGAAUGUGGCAAAUAAUUAUUCGAAAUUAAACAAAGAAGAACGUGAAAUCGAAAUCCAUAAUUCUAUGGCAUCCCGAUAUUAUGCAAAAACGAUGUUUGCAGCAUUUCAAAUGUUGUUUUCCACAAUGUUAAGCAACAAUGUGGAUCAUCUGGACAAAGCAUACGGAUUAAGUGAAAAUAUCCAGGUAGCAACAAGUACCUCCGCUUUUCUCACAUUUGCAUAUGUAUAUAACGGAAGUAUUAUGGACAGUAUGACGAACAGUUUGUUGCCACCAUAUGCGAAAAAACCUAUCACGCAAUUAAAAUAUGGAAAAACGUUCGUUUUCUCCAACUAUUUCAUGCUUGCAUCCAAAAUGUACGAGAUGUUAAAUUAUAAAAAUUUAAGUCUUUUAUGUGAAUACCAGGCCGUAGCAAGCGCCAAUUUCUAUUCGUCAAAAAAAGUAGGUCAAUUUAUUGGAAGAAAAUUUUUACCCAUAACAACAUAUUAUCUAUUUUUCAGAAUUAGUUUGUCAAGUCUAUGGGCACAUGGUAAAGAUUGUACAAUGCAGAGUACAAAACCAAGUCAUAGUCAUACUAGUAAUGCAAGUGAAUGUAAUACAAUACCGGCUUCGCCCCAAAGUUUUUUUUACGGUUGGCUUCCUGAUUCAGGUACAUAUUUAUUUUUUUAUUUUUUUUCGAAUUUAUACCUGGAUGCGGGCAAAUCGUUUCCUGGAGGGUUUGGUCCUGCAAUAAAAGAACAAACACAACAUGUGAAAGAACACACAUACGAACGCAAACCGUCCGUUCAUAGUUUUAAUAGAAAUUUUUUUAUGGAACUGACGAACGGGUUCAUGUACGCUUUUUGUUUUUUCGCUGUGUUUCCUUUAUAUGCAUAUUAUGAAAAUAUUCAUUUUUAUAUUACGAGCAAUUUCCGUUUCUUGGAUCGAUAUUAUACUGUAUUCAAUAAAUAUUUAAUAAAUUUUGUAAGAACAAAACUUAAAGAAUAUACAAGUGAUAUUUUAAUAAAAUAUGAACGAGAAGCAUAUUUAAGUAUGAAAAAAUAUGGGUAUCUAGGUGAAGUUAUUGCUUCAAGAUUGUCGCCCAAAGAUAAAAUCAUGAAUUAUUUGCACGAAACGAACGAGGAGACCAUGAAUAAUUUAAGAAGAUACGAUAUGGAACAUGCGUUCAAGAACAAAAUGGCUACGUACGUGGACGAUUUUGCUUUUUUUGACGAUUGUGGAAAAAACGAACAGUUUUUGAACGACAGAUGCGAUUACUGCCCUGUCGUUGAAGAGGUGGAAGAAACACAAUUACAACCACAAUUACUCCCACAUACUGAUGACACAACAAAAGUAACAAAGUCACCCACUAGUACGUAUAUUGAUGUUGAAAAAAUAGAAGAAACAGGUUCUGCAGAUAGUGACGAUGAUGAAAAAGAAUUUGAUGAACCCGAUGAUGAAUUAAUGGUUGCGCGAUUUCACUAG